GGCUCGGCUCGGCCGCGGGGCGCGCAGGCGGCGGCCGGGGCUGCUCGAUCCGCGCCUCCCGCCUUCCCGCCGCCGCCGCCGCCCGGACGCGGCUGCGGCUGCGGCCGCGGAGCGUGGCCCGGGCCCGGAGCGCGAGCGCGGAGCCCCGGCCCCGGGAGGGGCUGCGGCCGGUGGGCAGCGGCGCGCGGGGAGGGGCCGCAGCAUCCUCUCCCCCCGCGGCGUCCGGGCCGGGAGCGGAGGAGGCCGGGCGCCGGGCCUCCCGCAGCGCAGCCCGCAGCCGGAGGGGCGCAGACCCGACACAGCCCUGGUCCCCUCUGCUCUGCCGAGGACAGCAUCUGAACCACCUCCAAGCUUGAGGGACGAUGGCCGCGCUCCAGUGUGUGCAGCUCAGGUGAAUGAGGAUGACGGAGAGGACGUGACCCCGCGGACCUUUAUCCACACGCCGAGUGGCCCCACCAUGCAGAAGCCCAGCGGCCUGAAGCCCCCCGGCCGCGGGGGGAAGCACUCGAGCCCCGUGGGCCGGACGUCCACUGGGUCGGCCGCGGUGUCGGCUGCCGCGGUGGCCACCGGCUCCAAGGAAGGCUCCCCCCUGCACAAGCAGGCCUCGGGCCCGGCCGCCACCGCUGCCGCCCCCCCCGCCGCCGAGAAGCCGGGCCCCAAGGCGGCCGAGGUGGGCGAUGACUUCCUGGGGGACUUCGCGGUGGGCGAGCGGGUGUGGGUGAACGGCGUGAAGCCGGGCGUGGUGCAGUACCUGGGCGAGACGCAGUUCGCGCCGGGCCAGUGGGCCGGCGUGGUGCUGGACGACCCGGUGGGCAAGAACGACGGCGCGGUGGGCGGCGUGCGCUACUUUGAGUGCCCGGCCCUGCAGGGCAUCUUCACGCGGCCCUCCAAGCUGACCCGGCAGCCCACGGCCGAGGGCUCGGGCAGCGACGCCCACUCGGUGGAGUCGCUGACCGCCCAGAACCUGUCGCUGCACUCGGGCACGGCCACGCCGCCGCUCAGCAGCCGGGUCAUCCCGCUGCGGGAGAGCGUCCUCAACAGCUCGGUCAAGACGGGCAACGAGUCGGGCUCCAACCUCUCGGACAGCGGCUCCGUGAAGCGGGGCGACAAGGACCUGCGCCUGGGAGACCGCGUGCUGGUCGGCGGGACGAAGACAGGUGUGGUGCGGUACGUGGGGGAGACAGACUUUGCCAAGGGCGAGUGGUGUGGUGUGGAGCUGGACGAGCCCCUCGGGAAGAACGAUGGGGCGGUGGCGGGCACCAGGUACUUCCAAUGCCCGCCCAAGUUUGGCCUCUUCGCCCCCAUCCACAAGGUAAUACGCAUCGGCUUCCCGUCCACCAGCCCUGCCAAGGCCAAGAAGACCAAGCGUAUGGCCAUGGGUGUCUCGGCACUGACCCACAGCCCCAGCAGUUCUUCCAUCAGCUCCGUCAGUUCGGUGGCCUCCUCCGUGGGGGGCCGGCCCAGCCGCAGUGGACUGCUCACGGAGACCUCUUCGCGUUAUGCCCGCAAGAUAUCGGGCACAACUGCCUUGCAAGAGGCGCUGAAGGAGAAGCAGCAGCACAUCGAGCAGCUGCUGGCUGAGCGAGACCUGGAGCGGGCCGAGGUGGCCAAGGCCACGAGCCACAUCUGUGAAGUGGAGAAGGAGAUCGCCCUGCUCAAGGCCCAGCAUGAGCAGUAUGUUGCAGAAGCAGAGGAGAAGCUGCAGCGGGCCCGGCUGCUCGUGGAGAGUGUGCGGAAGGAGAAGGCAGACCUGUCCAACCAGCUGGAGGAGGAGAGAAGGAAGGUGGAGGAUCUGCAGUUCCGAGUGGAGGAGGAAUCCAUCACCAAGGGAGACCUGGAGACCCAGACGCAGCUGGAGCACGCGCGCAUUGGGGAGCUGGAACAGAGGCUGCUACUGGAGAAGGCGCAGGCCGAGCGUCUGCUCCGGGAACUAGCCGACAACAGGCUGACCACGGUGGCCGAGAAGUCGCGCGUGCUGCAGCUGGAAGAGGAGCUGAGCCUUCGGCGCGGCGAGAUCAAGGAGCUCCAGCAGUGUCUGCUGCACUCGGGCCCGCCACCCGCCGACCACCCCGAGGCCGCCGAGACCCUGCGGCUGCGCGAGCGGCUGCUGUCGGCCAGCAAGGAGCACCAGAGGGAGAGCGGCGUGCUGCGGGACAAAUACGAGAAGGCCCUGCGGGCCUACCAGGCGGAGGUGGAGAAGCUGCGGGCAGCCAACGAGAGGUACGCGCAGGAGGUGGUGGACCUCAAGGCCAAGGUGCAGCAGGCCACCAGCGAGAACAUGGGGCUCAUGGACAACUGGAAGUCCAAGCUGGACUCGCUGGCCUCGGACCACCAGAAGUCCCUGGAGGACCUCAAGGCCACCCUGAACUCGGGCCCGGGGGCCCAGCAGAAGGAGAUCGGGGAGCUGAAGGCCGUGAUGGAGGGCAUCAAGAUGGAGCACCAGCUGGAGCUGGGCAACCUGCGAGCCAAGCACGACAUCGAGACCGCCGUGCACGUCAAGGAGAAGGAGGGGCUGCGGCAGAAGCUGCAGGAGGCCCAGGAGGAGCUGGCGGGGCUGCGGCAGCACUGGCAGGCCCAGCUGGAGGUGCAGGCCAGCCAGCACCGGCUGGAGCUGCAGGAGGCCCAGGACCAGCGCCGCGACGCCGAGCUGCGGGUGCACGAGCUGGAGAAGCUGGACGCGGAGUACCGGGGCCAGGCGCAGGCCAUCGAGUUCCUCAAGGAGCAGAUCUCCCUGGCCGAGAAGAAGAUGCUGGACCACGAGCUGCUCCAGCGGUCGGAAGCCCAGAGCAAGCAGGAGGCCGAGAGGCUGCGGGAGAGGCUUCUGGUUGCUGAGAACAGACUGCAGGCCGUGGAGUCCUUGCGCUCCACCCAGCACGGCAACAUGAUCGAGUCCAACGACAUUUCAGGGGAGAAGGUCAGGAUGAAGGAGACUGUGGAGGGCCUGCAGGACAAGCUGAACAAAAGGGACAAAGAGGUAGUAGCCUUGAUGUCCCAAACCGAGAUGCUCAGGGCCCAAGUAAGUGCACUGGAGGCGAAGUGCAAGGCGGGAGAGAAGAAGGCGGAAACCCUCCAGAAGGAGAAGCGGCGCCUGGAGGCUGAGCUGGAAGCCGUGUCCCAGAAGACCCACGACGCCUCGGGCCAGCUGGUCCUCAUCAGCCAGGAGCUGCUCAGGAAGGAGCGGAGCCUGAAUGAACUUCGAGUGUUGCUGCUGGAGGCCAAUCGCCAUUCGCCAGGGCCCGAGAGGGACCUGAGCCGCGAGGUGCACAAGGCUGAGUGGCGGAUCAAGGAGCAGAAACUCAAGGAUGACAUCCGGGGCCUGCGAGAAAAGCUGACUGGGCUGGACAAAGAGAAGUCCCUGUCGGACCAGAGGCGCUACUCGCUCAUUGACCCGUCCUCGGCGCCUGAGCUCGUGCGGCUGCAGCACCAGCUGAUGAGCACAGAAGAUGCGCUGCGGGACGCGCUGGACCAGGCUCAGCAGGUGGAGAAGCUCGUGGAGGCCAUGAGGAGCCCCGACAAGUCCCAGGCCGUCCCCAAUUCCGGAUCUGCAAACGGCAUCCACCAGCAAGACAAGGCCCACAAACAAGAGGAGAAGCACUGACCCUGAGGGACACCGUGGAGCAGCCGAGUCCACAGCAGAGCCCCUCCGGCCAGCCCCGGCGGCGCCCCCUCCAGGCAGGGGCCAGGACUGUCACUUUGGAGACAAGAACAGUGUUUGUAACGAUAACGUGCCCACUGCCGCGGACAAUCCCCCACCCCGACCCCCCUGCCGGACCGGGAGGCUCCCUCAAGCACCACCUUCCACAGCGAGCGGUACAGUCCUGGCCUGGACCCCGGGACCUUCAGCCUGGACACCCUGGACGCCCCGGCAGUUUCUGGAGUUUGGGGAGGCUGAGGUGAUCCGGCCAGGCCCCUCUCAAGCUGCCCUGAGGACCAUCUUGGCACCCCAGGUGUGUCCCUGCCCUCCCUUUCUUCUCCUUCUUCUCCCGGGUUCCCCUGAGACCCCAGAGAGCCAUCGUCCUGGGAAAGGGUCAGAGGGGGCCCAGCUAGGCACCAAGGAAGGCAGGCCAGGCCUCAGGAGCCAGGUGGGGACCCCCUUUUCUGCAGCCACUUCCGGGCCUAAGCAGUCCCCAGGCUUCUUGCCCCCAUAGGCUGAGCCUUCUUCAAACAGUGGUCCGAGACCCGUCGGCCUGUCUGCCCAGUGAGGCCCGGGUUCAAGGUGUUGGGGGCAAGGUCCUUCUCCCCCCAGCCCCCAACACCAUCUCACAUACACAGCUCCAAGCUGCUGGCCAGAGGGUAGCCACCAGGGCCAGGAGCCACAGUAUUAGGAAAGUUCAGAAGCCCCUCUCCCCAUCCCCCACCACGCACCUGGCUUGGAGCGGGGGGCAGGGUGGCCGCAGGGCGUUUGGACUGGUCUGGAACGUGUCUCCUGGGUUGACCAGACGCUCCGAAUCUGGGCCUGUGCCCCGCGGACACGCCCACGCAGGCUGCGCCACGUGCACCCCCUGACCCUUGGCACACGCACGGAGGGAGCAGGCGCGCACACGCGGUCGUGGGGGGUGGGCAUUUGCAGUCAGCCGCGCUCAGGACGCACACGCUGGGGUGCACAGGACACACGCUCUUGGGACCGAGCGCCAGGUCUGGCAGGCCCGCGCCCACGUACAUUGCAAACGUUGCUGCCACCUGGCUGCGUGCCCACACGCCCAGGCAUACGGAGGUGGGUGAGCGUUCAGCGAUGCGUGUGCCACACACGUGCAUCAGAAUGCACACGUACCAACAGCCCCCUUUCUUACCAGGCACCUGUCCAGAGCUUUGUAAGCCCGGGGGAUGUUGAUGACGAGAAAAAUCUAGCCGCCUCUCUCCUCUGCCCCCCGAGUCCAGCUGAGUCACUCCAGACCUCUGUGUAGCGAGAAAAGCCAGUUCAGAAAAGCCUCUAGAGCUGGCGGGCCCGCAGGGUACUGCUUUGGGCCUGCCUCCACCUCCCGCAGCUCAGGGAGGGUUGUCGUUCGGGGCGCAGGGGAAACCUGAUGGCCCAUCGUGGUGUUCCCGAAAUGCACCAGGAUGGGUACGCAGACUGUGCCCUGGGAGCAACCUUGGCGGCCUUUGGGUGCUCCCGGGCACAGAUGCGUGUGGCUCCCAUCCUUGCCCAAACUCGGCCCAUCCUGGGGGGGGCAGCCAGUUCGUCCCAUCAGCCCCCCACCUCCCCACUGGCUUCUGGUAGCUCUCGCAUGCGGUUUUAUUAACAACAGUCUAGAAGCGAUGCUUUAGUGGCCUAACCCAGAGUCAAAUACUACUCUUUCCAGCAAAAUCUGGCAGCUCGCCCCUCCUACGGGAGGCACUGAUUAGUCUACUAACAGCCAAAGGCCCACACCAGGAGGGGUUGAGCCCCCAAGGCGGCCGGCAGGUGGCAAAGAAGCCACUUGGCUGCGAGCGUCUCCGCCUGUCCGGUGUGGGCUCAGCCGUGCCCCGUCCCCAAGCCCUCCCGCACCCUUGCCCUCCCCAAAGUGGAAUUGUUGAAGUGUGGCGAGUCUGUGCUCGAGACAAUAAAGCUUGUGACUGAG